GGUAUAGAAUUAUCGUCGGAAACCAAGAACGGCAAGAAUUAUCGUCGCACAAAGAUCUAGUUUUUCAUUUUCUUCUUAGCCUGUACGUUUAUUUUGCCUUUACUUUCGCAGCGGCUUUAAUUACUUAUGUCGUGUCGCGUACCAGUACAAGCUCAUUUACUUCUUCCGACGGAUGUAGUCCGGUGUGGCAACAACAAAAUGGUGCUGUGUGACAUUAUUUAAGUGCCGCCUUCUGUUUGGCGUUCAGUGUUUACAGAAGAUAGAACAAAUAUGGUGGAUUUUAUUAUAGGCACGUAACUCAAAAACCAUGUCGAUGUCCUCUACCGAGCUGCUGCUCUCCGGCGCUACAGGGGAGGAUGCCCUCCUGUGGACCGCUUUUUUCAACGCGUAUUUGCAGACAAAAAAGGACAAAUGCAGAGAAAAUGCUAUCUCUGAAGGACAGCACACGAACACUAACACGCAAGAGGAGAAGAUCAAGACCAUCUGGCGUUUUGGAGAAGAAAACAUGAAACUGCUCGAAAAGCAGAAAGCGAACUCCCUCGCAGUUUCCGCCCUCGCCGCCGUGUGUACGGCGGUGUCUGCAGCAGUACUAAUCUACUGGGGCGGUUGGAGAAGUGAAGAUAUCACUUCCAGAAAAAGGCUCGAAGAAGUCGAAGCUGGUUUUUUCCACUGCCAGCUCUCUCGCGACCAAACGGCGGUUGUGCUGGUCAUCUUCGCGUCCUGUCUUCUGCAUCUGAUCGCGAAUCUGGUUGAAGCAGUGGAAACCUACGGAGACGCGGAGCGGUGUGGCAAUUGCUACUACAUGGUAACGACGGACAACGUGUACGUUGUCCAGGUCGUAGGCACCAGAGCCUCCCCUCUGCAGGAAAAGUUCCAGCAAUUUGGCAGUGUUCUCGGGAUUUCCUUCUCCGAAGCGGAAGCCACUCAAUUCUUAUCAAAUGUAAAAAUGUCUGGGUCUGGAAGAGUCAUGCUGUUUUUGCAUGACACAGAAGGUCUGGCAAGGAAGCUCUAGCAUUACAGGUUUCGAGAAGCUUCCGUAAUGCCGAAUCCGCAUGACAAAUCCCCCAAUUAUUCGGUGACAGAAAGUGGGCAGCUUUUGCUACCCAUGCAUGAGAGAGCUCUCUCUGUUCUGAAAUGCGCAUCACAAGUUGCAUCCUUCCAGACUCAGACACUUUUGCAUUUGAUAAUUCUUUCGGCACGACGACGGAAGUCACAUCUUGCGGGAGCCGCUCAGUGACCUUGUGGUUUCUACUUGUGGCCGUGAAAGAAGCGGACGAACAGCGGAGGAGGAGUUGUUGCAAGGACUACAUUGCGGAGCUGCUUCGUCUCCCUGGGGAAUAAAAACGGGUUGUUUCAACUACAGCAGGAGUACAAGACCCGAGGUCAACUUUCUUCUCUUACUGCGGAGAAAUAGAAAAAGCAGAGAUGACACGACAUCCGCUCCCGGUGGACCAAGAUCAUCACAACUCCAGCUCGGCCAGCACUUCGGACAGCAAGUGGUCUUCUGUGAUCGAAACGCGGAGGCGCGGUUGAUUGAACUUCUUAGCAGUAGUGGAGAUCAUGCUAGUUGCGGAGGCGAGAAGCUGCAUCUACCAGACGCGUUUCACGGAGGACGUCGGACUGCUCAUCAAUCUGGUGCGAGUACUACUGCGGAGAAACAGAAAAGGUCGAAGCUCAGUGUCGCCAGUACAGAGGACCUGUGUGAGGAAAGCAGCAACGCGGUAUGCCAAGCAAAAGUGUCGUUUUCAGGGAUUUCAUUUAGCAUGGAUGAAGGUUAAUAUUACAGUACUUACUCCUACUGCGGAAAAACUACCGGCUUUUUCAACAAACGCGAUGCAUACACUUCCUUGCUUCUCGGGGUCAUGAUCAGAGAGACAAAAAUCUUUGCAUAGUGGCAGUGACACUUUUGCGGUGCAUAUGCGGACGACGGUGACAAGAGCGGGUCGGAGCGGGACUCGUAGGAAGGUGGUUUCAUUUUUUACACUUCAGAAGAAAAAAUUGAAAUUUUAUCGAAAUUUACCAACGCACGUGCAUGAAGAUAGUAACAAGUUCAUACGUACACUAAAUUGAUCACAAAGGACUCUUUGUACAUUUUUAGAAAUUAACGUUGGAGGAACAACUGUGUAUACAACCACUCGUUAAGUUGCAGAGAAAGAAGAAAGACAUGAUGCACUCGCAAAUACAACAAGAAGCAACUGCUUCUAUAAAUAUAUCUCUUUGCGACAGUUGUAGUACUUGCGUUGUAUCUUCUGCAUGGCGGGGGUCGUAUGCACAUGGAGUUGAAACAGGGACACGCUUCGUUGCUUCGGACCACCUUUACACAUCCAUGCUCGUG